AUGCAGAUAGUCCCGAAAAUCGACCAUUUCAAAGUAGUAACCUACUGUAAUUUAGUAUGCGGAGUAUGGCCCAUCGCCUUCGAAAACCAACCCGUAUUAAGGGUGCUCUACAGCACGCACUUUUGGACACUCUUCGGCGCCACUUCGCUCUUCGUCAUCGGUACUUACAUCAAGCUAUUUUCGGAAAUGUUCACCAAUUUCGAUAUCGUAAUCGUGACCAGAAUCGGCACGAUCGCCACCGCUUACACCAUGGGCCUGCUGAGGAUUUACUCGGUGAGAAACGCGGCCGCUAAGGAGCUGAUAAGGGAGGUGAUGAUGAAGGAGGAAAUCAUCAACAAUUCCAAAGAUGAUGAGUUGAUUAAGAUUUAUUAUCAGUGCGUCAGGGGAAACGUUCUUUUUAAUUUGGUUUAUAUGACUAUGCAUUAUAUUGACACAAUAUCCUACUGCUACGUAAUAUACCCAUUCCUGCUGCCCAAAGAGCCGUACUUCGAUCCGGCGAGGAACGAGACGGUGCUGCAGGUACCGCUGCUGUGGGACUCCUGGAUGCCCUUCGACCAGCAGAAGUACCAUUUCGUGGCGUUUUUCUGGGAGGAAUUUGCCACCACCAUUUGCGCUUUAUGCAAUUACGGCAGCGACAUAUUUUUCUACAGUUUUAUUAACUACCUGAUAGGCCAGCUGGACAUCCUGCAUCGCAUUUUGACCGAGUUCGAAACGUACAAGGGUAAAAUCCAGGAGCAAUUGCGGUGCGACGAGGAGGAAGCCGAUUUGGUUACAUUGCGGUUAUGCAUUAUCGAACACCAAAGAAUUUUGAGGUAA